UGCAUGACUUUUUGGGCGGUCGCGAACUCUUUAGCGGGGCAUUUGUCAGUUUAGCAGGUUAAAUACAUCGUUGUUUCGCGUCAGUUUUGAUGCAUAAUCAUGUGCGCUGCGCGUGAAAGUGCGUGGUCGCUUCAGAGUCCUUGACCAUUUUUUUUUUUUUACGCCAUGAACCGUGCAGCGCGUCGUCUUGCCGGUGUCGACUGACGAGCUAGAAGGCUGUGUUUUCAGCGCACCGCUACACAAGGUUUCUCAAGAUUGUGGCGUAAAAAGUUGCACUACUGACAGGGAGAGAACAUGGGUGUGCUCAUGAACACUUCUCAAAACAACAAAGUUGUUUUGAUGGUUCAGAAGAAUUGUAAUCGACUGUGUGCAUUGGCGUAUGUAGCCGGGCUGAUCGCCUUCGCGGUUCUAGCCUGGGAAGAGUGCAACAACAAGACGUAUUUCUCGGAGAAUGCUCUCCUACCUGGUCUUGUGAACAGGAGGUUCAACCUUGGUACAUUCGCGAAGGACACGUUGGAAAGCUUGAAAGAAGAGGCGAAAAGCCACGCUAGCUUGCCUUUGCCCUGGCUGCUUGCUCAGUUUCGUCAACUGGGGCUUGAUGUGUACCGACACAAUUUCAGCCUUCACUACCCCUUGGGAUCAAAACCUACACACAGUGGAGAAAAUGUAUAUGCUAUCCUGCGGGCUCCUCGAGGUGCUGGCACAGAGGCUGUUGUGUUAUCAUCACCAUACCGCAUGGAGGACAACCUUCAUGGAUCCACACUUCCUGGAAUCGCACUCAUGGUGGCUCUUGCCAAGUAUUUCAGAGCUCAGGGGUCAUGGGCCAAAGAUGUAAUAUUUCUCAUCACUGAACAUGAGUUGGUUGGAUUUCAAGCGUGGUUAGACGCCUACCAUGACAUUCGCACUGCACCUGGAGUUAUUGACCCUGGCAUACUAAAGGCUAGAAGUGGCCCCAUUCAAGCUGCCAUCAACUUGGAACUCCAUAGUAGUCGCAUCAGGCGGCUCGACUUGAAGCUGGUUGGGCUGAAUGGCCAACUACCAAACCUGGAUUUGUUCAACUUGGUAAUAGAGCUGUGUCUUCGAGAGUCAGUACACACAACGUUUCAUGACCAAGUGUCUCCCUAUGACUUGCAGCCUUUUGAAGGGUGGAUGCAGUCAUUUAAAACCAUGACAGCCAUGAUGGCUGCUCAAGCAACUGGUCAGCCAAAUGGCGGCCAUGGACUAUUUCAUCGUUAUGCCAUUCAAGCUCUAACUUUGGAAGGUCAUGCAGAUGGAGUGGCCUCUGUUAGUGUUGGAUUUGAAGAGGUUGGCAGAGUUCUUGAAGGUGUUUAUUCUAGCUUGAACAACUUGCUAGAGCGAUUUCACCAGUCAUUCUUCUUCUACUUGCUGCCAUCUACAAGAAGAUAUGUUUCUAUUGGAUUGUAUAGCCCUGCAUUUGCUUUGAUUGGCCUUCCAGCUUUACUGAAGGCAGGAGUACUGUUCUUGUCUUUGAGUGGGGAUUCCAAGAGUACUGGCAACGCCGGUAAUCAAAAGACUGCAUCACCCUGGUCAGCUUUGCCAUGCAUGACAGUGUCACACACUGUUGGUUUCUUGCUGAUGAUGGCAUUUCCAUACUUUGAUCAUUUUGGCCACCGCUAUCAGCUGUCGAGCCAGGAGUCCUUGUACUUUGGAUAUGUGGCUGCAUUGAUCCUUUCACUUUUUCUGCCAUUGUUUAUGGUAUCAAGGAAUGACACUGAAAAGGCUGCCCAUAGAUGUGCCAUGCUGCUUGCAUUUUCUACAGUGGUGUUCUCUUUGGCUUUGGUAAACAUAUCAUUUGCCACUGCUGUCACUAUCAUUGCUAUACCAGUUUUGGUUACAGCAAGUGGAACAAAAAAUAGGGGUAUUAUCUUCUUUCACAGACUCCUGCAACUUUUGAUUCAUCCAUUUGUGUUUAGCUUCCUCAUUAUAUUUGCGCAAGCCAUGAGUCUUGAUGGUUGGGAGCCUCGGUUUAUUCAAGGCAACUUGUCUUACUCAUUCUUGGGCCACAAGAAAUUAGUGAUGUUUUUAGUGGAAGACUGGCUUCUCUAUGGCAACUGGACAUUUGUCAUAACUUGCUUAGGCCUUAUACCAGUGUGGCUGCAGAUGUGGAUGGCAUGACUGAUCCUUCCGGUGUGCUGAACUUUGUUGUAGUUUUGUUGAAAGAAAUUUUGUGCACAUUUGA